AUGGCCGCGGCCACCCACGAGCAGCUCCGAUUUAACCAACACAUAGUCACUGUACUCUGGCCUCCCUUCAGACUCUGUGGGCCUCGGCCACCUAAGUGUUUGGAACCCCGACUCGACUCCAAUGCAAUGUCUGAAAAAGGCACACUGGUGGCUUCCCUUGUCUCAGGGAUAACAGCUUCAGCAGCCAUGGGCAAAGCUGGAGGGGCAGUCUCUGGCACCAUUCUAGCUGCCUCACAGGUUACCCACAAAGCUCCUCUUCCCACAGCCAUGACCGUCGCUGCCGUCCCCCUGCUGAGUGCUGUGGGCUUCACUGGGGCAGGAAUCGCUGCCUCCUCUCUAGCAGCUAAGAUGAUGUCCUUGUCAGCUAUUGCUAAUGGAGGCGGAGUUGCAGCUGGUAGCCUGGUGGCCACUCUGCAGUCAGUGGGAGCUGCAGGACUCUCCAUGUCAUCGAAAUUCCUCGUGGGCUCUGCAGGAUCUGCUCUGGUGACCUGUGUGAUGGGCAUCUGAGACUUGUAGCCCUUCUCUGCCCAGAGAAGGGGACACGGAAGGGGAGCUGACACCUCCCAGUUUGUCCAACCCUAGAGAGGGAUCAAUUAACCCCCGUGGACAAUCUGCCAAUGCCAAAUGCCUAAUUGGAAAUAAGAAAUAAAAUCAAAUGCUGCUGCCA